AAAGAUAUCUUCAAAUAUAGCAAAUCAGCAUGAAACUCAUCUCUCAUGUUUUCCUUUGCAUCCAUAUUAGUAAUGAAUGACUUCUGUGCCCACUUGCAGCUUCACAUAGUCCACUGGAAUUCUGCUAAGUACUCCAGCGCUGCUGAGGCCAUCUCAAAGGCUGACGGACUGGCAAUCUUUGGUGUUUUGAUGAAGGUUGGUCCAGCCAACCCAAACCUGCAGAAAGUACUUGAUGCGCUGAACUCAAUUAAAACUAAGGGAAAGCGAGCCCCGUUCACAAAUUUUGACCCAUCCUGUCUCCUUCCUUCAUGCUUGGAUUACUGGACCUACUUUGGGUCUCUGACUCACCCUCCCCUCCAUGAGAGUGUGACCUGGUUCAUCUUCAAGGACAGCAUCAGUGUCAGCCAUGAGCAGCUGGCCCAGCUCCGCAGUCUCCUGUCAAGUGCAGAGGGAGAGCCAGCUGUUCCAGUCCUGAGCAACCACCGUCCACCCCAGCCCCUGAAGGGCAGAACCGUGACAGCCUCAUUUUGAAGAGCAGCAAGGAGCAAUCAGGACCAGGCCCUCUGCCAACAUCACCCAGUAAAGUGAUCAGUUUUAAGAAACGGGGUUAUUUCAGUGCUGAGACAGUACACCUGCAAAUUCAAUCCACAGAACUAAAAACAUUCAUUUUGAUUCCUGAUGCUUAACGCAAAUCAUCCAUAA